UCGAAUGGUUCUAUACGAAAAACAUGUGGCGGUCAAGUGCUGCUCCUCUCAUGGAGCUUCUUUUACUGGCGUCUCUGUUGAUCGGCAGUGUUAACUGCCUGAUCUGCACGCGCCGCCCAGCAAAUACGGGCUCGCCCAAAUCUCCGGUAGAUGAGAACUUUGUGAUAAGCGUGUCGGGCAAUCCGGAAACGUACAUUCUCGGCCAGGAAUACAACGUUUCUCUUAAUGCCUUCAAUGGUCAUCGCUACAUAAGCUUUAUCAUGGCCCUGGAAAAUGAGAAUGGUGACUUUAGCUACAAAGACGACUUGGGUCGCUUUGAGCUAAGCGAUUUGAUCGAGACCCGCUUCAGUCCCAACUGCAUUAACAUGGUGGAGAAUACCAAUACUAACCCUAAGACGCACAUGCAUCUGACCUGGGUAGCUCCCAGUGAACCCGGCAGCGGUUGCAUCUUGAUUCGUGCCACGGUUCAGCAGCAUCGCGAGGUUUGGCACAUGGAUGAUGGUGGCCUAACGCGACGCAUCUGCGAAGAGGUCACUGAUGAUGUGGAAAGCCAGCCAACGAGCCCUGCCGUAGAGGUUCCCUGUUGCGCCUGCGAUGAGGCGCGAUAUGAGCUUAUAUUUGAAGGCGUCUGGUCCAGGAAUCUGCACCCUAGGUACUUCCCCGCUCGAGGAUGGGAGACUCGUUUCUGUGAGCUAGUAGGUGCCGCCCACAGCUCAGAUUAUCGUUUCUGGGAAUCCGGAGCAUUGGCUAGUUUGGCUAUGAAACAAUAUGCCGAACACUGCAGCUCUCGGCUAUUAGAGCGCGAGUUUAGCCUAAAUUUUAGGGAUCAAAAAAUUCGAACCAUUAUUAAAGCACGCGGACCAUCUUAUCCCAACAUGAACAGCAAGACUAUGGCCUCGGUGCGGGUAGAUCCAAUACAUCACAUGCUAUCCUUUGCCUCCAAGAUAGAACCCUCUCCGGAUUGGAUUGUGGGCGUGACUGGACUGGAGCUGUGCCUACGCAAUUGUACGUGGAUGGAGGAGAAGGUUAUCAAUCUCUAUCCUUGGGAUAUGGGAACCGAUGCGGGUCCUACCUAUACAUCAGCCGACCAACCGCAGGUUCCGCCCGAUGUUAUACGACGAAUACGCUCAGAUUUUCCCAAUGAUCCACGUUCACCAUUCUACGAUGAAUCAGCAGCUCCCAUGAAACCCUUGGCCAUACUAACAGUGAAGCGCCAGAGAAUUUAUGAGAGAAGAUGUGCGGAUGAGGAUUCCAACAACGAUCCGGAUGUGCCUCGAGAAUGCCUCACCCAUCCUUGGUCCAGCUGGAGCGACUGCUCCUCCAAAUGUGGCGUUGGCAUGCAAUAUAGACGACGGGUUUACAAGCAACCGGAGCUCGGCAAAGUCUAUAACUGCAAUGUAUCGCAAUAUGCGGAACGUGAGUGCCAGGGUGAGAUGUGUGGUCAAAACACUUUGAUGCGGGAACCAGAAGAAUUUGACGAUCUGGAGCUGGAAAACAGGAGAAAUAGCUAUCAACCAAACCAACAGCGACGCGCCGAGUGCCAAUUGAGUUCCUGGGGGCGAUGGAGCUCUUGCAGCGUCACAUGUGGCGAUGGUUACGAAAUGCGCCAGCGGCAGUAUCUUAAUCCUCAGGCAGAAACGGAAUGCCAGAGUGUUCAUUACAUGGAUUUACAGGAAACUCGAAAAUGCUCCGGCGGAGAAUGUCUUGGUAAUUUACCAGGAUCCUACAAUAAUAUGGAUAGUCCAUAUGGUGAGUCUUCACCUGGACGCCCUGGAUAUAAUGCAUAUGGGUCACACCUUGAACCGGAGGCUGAGACUUUUGGAGACUAUGAUGAUCCACGAAACGGACCUAUUUCGAGUUUCGAGGUGGGAAAUCUCAAAGGCGACACAGGGAACUGGGCCAUGAAAAGGAGACCUGAACUUCAGUCUAACUUGAGUAGAGAUCCUCCGUCUAUUAGGCUGUCAAACUAUGGACGAACGUACCAGCAACCAGACAGGACAGACCCACCAAUUUGGCCUGGACAAACACGUUCCAGUUAUCCGCGUUUGGAUGAUGUAGAAAGAUCUCCCUGGCAACGCGAAAGGCCCAUCGACAAAUACAACUCGAAUCUACAGGAUACACAAGAAUAUUCAUUAAGAGAGCCAUGGCAAGGGGCAAAUAACUAUGGACCAGGUAGAGAUGUAGACUCAACACUAUCCAACAAAUGCUUUCAAAUGGUGCAGACGGCUCAGCCACGUUGCCAGGAUCAAACGAUUACGGGCCAGUUUUGGUUCUAUAAUUUCUGUGCUGACGAGUGCAUGCUGUUUGCCACGGAUCCGUGCGAUCGGAAUAUAAACAAAUUCAGACGCUUGGAGGAGUGCGAAAGGUGCCGACAGCCGGAAAUGGCUGCACUGCAGCAGAUGCACACCAACUCGGCGGAAUGCCAGAAUUUUCGAAACAUUUGGCAGGCAGAGAAGCGUCCAUCCAACAGGAGGCGUAAAUACAACAAUUAUAGGCAACGAAAUUAAUUUUUCAUUCUAAAUCAUUUGCAGAUUUAACUGCCAGUAUCUUAAGCCUUAGUCACGCCCUAUUUGUCUAUCAUAUACACGAUUAUGUACACACAUUGCACAUACAUAUAUUUAAAUAAAACAAUGCUCUUAUCUAAAUAUUUUUAGAAAUUAUUCC